UUUAAAUAUGAGGCUUAAGCUGAAACGUGAGGAACGAAAAAUCCACGAAGACAUCUGCUCGGCUGUCUGCUGGAACUCAGAGAACGAGCUCUACUCAGUCAGUGACGACAUGACCGUCCAGAUCUGGGACAUCACAGGCGAAAAUAAAGGCAAAGCUAUUGAGAUAGACGUCCCGGUUAUUGAUUUCGACUGGAUUAUCUCGAAUAAAAGAGCAGGCGAGCUCCUUGCAAUGGCAUGCUCUGACGGAUCCAUCCUGUUUGCCAGCCAUAAUAAGAAAAUUGAAGGAAGAGUCGAGAAAGCACAUAAAGGAGCCGUUAUCUCAGUCAAGUGGAAUUAUGAAGGCGCUGCACUUGCUUCUACAGGCGAAGAUGGCCAUGUUAAGAUUUGGGCCAGGAAUGGGGAUCUGAGAUCGCAACUGGUCAAUUCUUCAAAACCUAUCUAUUGUGUGGCUUGGAGUCCAGAUAAUAAUAAUAUUCUAUACGCUUCAGAGAGUAAGUUGACUGUGAUUCCAACUCAGCCUGGAAAGAAGCCAACAUCGUGGAAGUCCCAUGAUGGAAUCGUACUGUGUUGUGACUGGAGUCAGUCUACUAAUCUUAUUGUCUCUGGAGGUGAAGACAGGAAAUACAGAGUCUGGGACUCCUACGGUAGACAAUUAUUCACAAGCGGAGCUUACGAUUAUGUAAUCACCAGUGUGAAAUGGUCGCCAAAUGGAGAAUUCUUUGCUGUCGGAUCUUUUGAAAUGAUUCGGUUGUGUGAUAAAUCAGGAUGGAGCUAUUCCUUCAAUAAGCAUGAAGGUGGAUCCCUUAUGAAGCUCUCUUGGGAUAGAUAUGGUAAUGUAGUUGCUGGAGCAGGAGGAAAUGGAUAUGUUGUCUUUGGAAAUAUCAUUGAUAGACACCUCACUUGGGGAAAUAUCGAAGUCGAUCUUGACGAAAAUAAUAAAAUCACAGUUAAUGAUUACGUUAAUGAAGUCUCUGAAGAAUUGGACUUUAGCGAAAAGGUAAUUAAUUUGAAUUUGAGACACAACCAUCUUAUUGUAUCUACUGCUCCUCAGGUAUAUAUUUACAAUCUGGGUCAUCUUUCUUCCCCAUACAUUAUCGAUGUGAAGGAGCCAAUCAACUCUGUUGUGCAGGGUGCAAAAUAUGUAGUUUUGAUUGAUGCUUCCCAAAAUAUCCAUGUCUAUGAUUAUGAAGGAAAGCAUAUCUCUUCACCCAAAUUCCAAGGGAUGAAGGUUGAAUCCAUCAGCUCAGAUGUAAUUGCCCUGCUUGAUAAGAAUAACCCAAAGCUUAUCAGACUCUUUGAUGUAAUGAGUGGCAAACCAUUGAAUUCAAAUAUCGAGAAUUCGAAUGAAAUCGUUAGCCUUCAACUCAACCAGACUGAAAUGGUAAAUGAAAGAAAGUUGUGCUUUGUCGAUUCGAAUAGAGACAUGUUCUUGACAAUGGUACACAAGCCAGAUGUUAUCAAGAUUGCCACCAUGGUUGAUAGCUUCCAAUGGAAUGAUAACAAUGACAUGCUCUCUUGUCUUUCCGAUGGAAAAUUGAUCACCUGGUUCUACCCAAACGCAAUCUAUGUAGAUAAGGAUCUGAUGGACCAAGCCAGAUCAGUAAAAGCUGCUUCUGAUGUGGGUAAACUUCCUCAGAUAGUAAACUUUACAGGAAGUAUGGUGUCUGUCAGACAGCUAGACGGAACACUUGCUUGCUUGUCAGUUCCUCCAUUUGCUAAGAUAAUGUAUGAGCACAUUGAUAGUGCUGACUUUGAUAAAUCCAUCAAGCUCUGCAGAUUUGUCAAUGAUAAACCUUUAUGGGCUUGACUCGCUGCUAUGAGCUUGUACUGCAGAGAACUCGACACUGCUGAGAUUGCUCUUGCCUCUAUCGAUGAAGUGGAUAAAGUGCAAUUUGUUAACUAUAUUAAGGAACUUCCAAGUGAGGCUUCAAGGAACUCAGCCUUGGCUCUGUACUGUAAAAAGAUAAAUGAAGCUGAGCAGAUCUUGAUUCAAGCUAAGUUAUAUUACAGAGCUAUUAAAAUGAACAUCAAACUUUUCAGAUGGGACAGAGCUUUAGAUUUAGCCAUCAAGUACAAGACACAUGUUGACACAGUCCUUGCCUUCAGACAGAAAUACCUCGAAGACUGCAAGAAGGAAGAAGAUAAUGAGAGAUUCAAGGAAUAUAUGGGUGAAGUCCAAAUUGACUGGGAGACAAUAAGAGCCAAGAUCGAGUCUGAUAAAGCUAAAGAGGAAUCAGGAUAAUCAGUUUUCUUAAUUCACUCAAUAUUCAUAAUUUGUU